AUGAUGACGAGGCGACGACAAGCAAAAGGAGACGAGCCGACUGGCAGCAACACUCAUUAUUCACCCGAAAAAUCAAGGGGUGCGCAUUAUUCGAGGAAUCAAAUUGGAAUUAUUCAUGUUGCCAUCAUAGGAAUGGUCAUUGUUGCGACUAUUGGUUUUGGUAUGAUAAGAAUUGUCCCUUCGGAAAUCGAGAAAUUGUUAGGAAUUACUAGAACUCAUGGUCAGAUGGUCAAGCGAGCACCAAAGCGGAAAACAAAGAUGGCAUGCGUUGACAAGGCACAGACAGCCGUUGUUCGGGCAUUCAAAGAGCGCAACUACAAGGUAUUCUAUUUGAGAGGUUACAACUGGAAAGCGCUUGAAAGAUGCUACACAAACAGCACGGUGUCAUCAUUAUUUCUAUGGACGAAACACAAACCGCCGAAGGGGUAUUGGGAGAUGGCCCAGCCAUGGCAACGACAUAACUGGAUUCCAUACCAGAAUGUUAUGAGUAGCAAGUCCAAGUUCUUGUCAUCGCUCAGAGGAUACGAAAAGAAAUCAGGCCGGAAAAUGGACUUUAUUCCUGAAUCUUUCAUGCUGCCAUAUGACCGAAAGCCAUUGCUGGAGCGAUUCAAUAGUAGUCUGAAUGAGCCGUGGGUCACAAAACUAUCAGCAACUGACAAUGGAAUUGGAAUCGCAAUGCUUGGACCCGACAGCUCUGAACUUCGUACACUGGCGAAUAUCUUACGUGAGAAAUCAAUCACCAGAAAGUACAUGGAUCGCAUUCGAGAGGAGAUCGUAUUCACACAAAAGGGGGACACUCGCGGCGAAGAAAACAUUGAAAAAGCAAGAGAACGAUCGAAAAAGCUCAACGACCCCAUAAUUGUGCAAAGGUAUAUUUGUCAUGAACUCGCGUACUUGGGCAGAAAGUUCGAUCUUCGCAUUUACUAUUUGGUAGCUUCUGCAAAACCAUUGGUGGUUCUAUAUCACGAUGGCUAUUUGCGAGUCUCUCCACAUGAAUACAACGACAAGGUAUUCGAGUCGACUGGGAAGCAUCUGACCAAUCUUGGUCGGCACAAUGCGACGGAAAAGAAUACGGUUGGUUUUGAUGAUUGGGAGAUUCAACUAAAACUUCAUGUAAAGGAGAACAAGGACGGUUUCAGUGCUGCCGUACGAGCAGAUCCACUGGAUCACAUUCGAAAGCAAAUUAUGUCAGCUCUGGCCAAUGUGGUGGCAGCCAACCGAGACAAAGGAUUUCAUGGUCAUGGUGGUUCCUACACCAAGAUGGAAAAUGGAUUUGCUCUAAUGGCUGGUGACUUUAUUGUGGAUCGAAAGCUGAAUGUUUGGAUGACCGAAGCCCAAAGUUCGCCAGGUUUGGGACACGAAACUGCGAUGAAACGGAAAAUGAAUGAUAGACUAUUACCUUCAACUGUUGACAUUAUUGGAGAAGUGAACGAAAAACAAAUGGCAGGAAAGCCGUUGACGCCAAUCCAAAAUCCUGGCAACUUUCGACUCAUUUAUACUGAUGACUACCACUAUCGAUACGACUUUCAAAGGGAACAACAGCGUGGUCCCUGUUGA